AUUCCGGAGCACCGCUUCAGGAAGUUCAACCGGCUGCUUCAGGAGCCAGUGGUGGGUGUGGCCAGUGGUGGUAUUCGCUGGUGCCGGUGAAAGCAGGGGUUGUUGGGUGGAGGAAAGGGUGCAAGAAGGGCAGUACCCGGAGGCCGACAUGACAUACAGGCGCCUGCAGGAGCCAGUGGUGGACCUGGAUGCGCUGCGGGAGCUGUCCUGGAGCGGGGUGCCGCUGUCGCUGCGGCCGCAGGUGUGGCGACUGCUGUGCGGCUACCUGCCGCCCGCUAGGAGCCGGCAGCCCCAGACGCUGGCCCGGCGGCGGCGGGAGUACGCGGACAUGGUGCCCGAGUAUUACGACAUCCCGCAUGAGGAGCGCAGCGAGGACGAGGUGGCGGCGUACCGCCAGGUUGCCGUGGACGUGCCACGCACUGCUCCCGGGGUGCCCUUCUUCCAUGAGCCGGUCAUUCAGGAGUCGCUGCAGCGGGUGCUGUACAUUUGGGGCAUACGCCACCCCGCCAGCGGCUACGUGCAGGGCAUGAACGACCUGGUCACCCCCUUCCUGGCGGUGUUCCUGUCGGAGCACCUGCCGGGGCCCAUGGAGGGGUGGCGGGCGGAGGCGCUAAACCAGUCCAUCAUGCUGGCAGUGGAGGCGGACUGCUACUGGUGCCUGUGCAAGCUGGUGGAGGAGAUCCAGGACCACUACACGUACGCGCAGCCCGGCAUCCAACGAGCCGUGUUUCGGAUCAAAGAACUCGUGAGGCGCUGCGAGACCGAGGUGUCUGAGCACCUGGAGUCCGAGGCGGUGGACUUCAUCCAGUUCGCGCUGCGCUGGGUGAACUGCCUGCUGGUGCGCGAGCUGCCGUUCUGCCUGGCCAUCCGGCUGUGGGACACGUACCUGGCGGAGGGAACGGGGUUCAGCGAGUUCCUGAUCUACCUGUCCACCGCCUUCCUGCUGAGUUGGAAGGAGCGGCUGACGCGGCUGGAGUUCCAGGAGCUGAUUCUGUUUCUGCAGCGCCUGCCCACCGCCGACUGGAGCGAGGCGCAGCUGGAGCGGGUGCUGUCGGAGGCCUUCGUCCUGCGCAGCAGCUACAGCGACGCGCAGAGCCACCUGCGGGCGGGGUGAUGAUGAAGUAGGAGAGCAGGGGCGGAGAGAAAGAAAGGGAUGGACCACAUGACAUAUAGGCUUCGCCAUGGGUUGCAACAUGGUGGCGGUGGUGGUGGCACGGUUUUCUUUAAGUGGGGGAUGGAAGGCGGAUAAACAGAUGUGGGAUGGAGAAGAGAAAUGGGCAUGUAGGGCGCAGGAGGUUCGCGCAGGGGGCUGAUGCCAUUGACGGGGGAGGCGUUGGUUGCAUGAGUGCAAGGGAACGCUUUCUUGGAGGACUCGCGGCUGUGGUGUCAGGGCUGAGUGGGUACUAAGAAAGCGUGUUCGGAGAUACGGUAUCCUACUAGCAUUGCAGUUCCCUUGAUGCGGAUGAAUCAGUAACUUGGCCAGCAUCCGCUCCGCUUGACUAGAUGACGGUCAAGUGCAAUAGCCGCCUGGUGCUACCGUAUCCAAACGGCUUACCCUUGCAUUGCUUCUGGAAAAGCUGUCGUGCGCACCCGAUGGGCUACUUGUUUGUAGAGCAC